UGGGGGCCCCGCGCUUGGCUCCGGGGCUGCCAGGUCUCGGGUCUCAGAUUCUAGGUCACCUGGGACUGGAGCUGACUCUGCCAUGGCUGCGUAGAGCCAUCUCUUUCAGCUGGCUCCGAGUUGAUCAGAGUCCAGCACCCACUGCUGCCUCCCUGAGAGGAGAGAUGCUGGAGGGAGCAGAAGCAGAUCCCUCUGAACAGCCUCUUAACAGCUCCAUAGACUUGAAGAGUAGAGGAGAACCAGAUGAUCCAGCUAACGACAACUUCAGGAAAGCUGCUGUAUCUAAAGGCCGAGCUGCAUUCAUUGCCAUUGUCGGGGUCUUGGUGGUGAUCAUCAUUGCUUUGGCAGCAGCUUUGGGAGUGGAAAAAUCUAAGCGCUCUUCUCCGUUCCCCCCUGCUGCCUCUCGGUGCCCAGACGGCUGGAUCGGGAUCAAGGGGAAAUUCUACUAUUUUUCUAAUGCUCCAAGGAAUUGGACCUACAGCCAGAGCUUCUGCUCGUCACACGCUGCCUCCCUGGCUGGGGUUGAUAAUCUGCAGGAGCUGGGUUCCCUGCUGCCAUACAAAGGCAGACUGGACCACUGGAUCGGCCUCCGGAAGGACACGGGCCAGGUCUGGAAGUGGGUCAACGGGACCGAGUUUGACCAUCGGUUUAAAAUACAAGGAGCAGCAGAUUGUGCGUACCUGGACGAAGACCUCACAGUCAGCAGCUCCAGCUGCAGCACACCAAGAAAUCAGAUCUGCAGUAGACCUGAUGCCCCUACGUAGGAAGAGCUGUUCCCUUCAGCAGGAGCCACCACCUUGAACCUGGAAAACACACCAAACAAACAAUCACUGUGUAGAAUUUUUGAACAAGAUUUUUAGCAGCUUUGCCUCAUUCUGACACCUCUCGAAUUUCUUCCUUAACACCUGAAUUGUUCCUACAGAGCCCUCGUUGAUAAACCGCUUCCUAGUGCAUGAUCCCUGUAGUAGCAGCUCGUUGGCCUUGGUCUAUUUCUGGAAAACACUUUUCCAUAUUAGAAAACCCGGCCCUCAGGAUUAGCCCGACUGCUGUGGAAGCCACUGAAUGAGGCUCAGGACUCAUCUCUCUGUGCAGAGGACUGUUCCAGCGCUUAACAUCGCUUGCACCCAUAUGUAGCCUGUGCCCCCUGCUGCACAUCUUACAUGGACUGAGAGGAUAAAAACACUCACAGUGUUGGAUUGAACAGGGAGCCGUCCACCCAAGUCCAUUUCCUCGCGGGGGAUGCAACAGUGAGUCCAAGCCAGAGCUGGUUUGCAUCUUUGGAAGUAUUUUGUAUGAAUGUCUGUAAAUGACAUGGAAGAAUGAAGUGAUGGGGAAGGAGGGUUAAAGUGGUUAAGGUGCUAGCUAGAGACUCUGGGAACUGGGUUCAAUUCCCCAGACUCCCUCUGUGACCGUGGGCCAGUUAUUUCGUUUCUGUCCUGACUGGGGCAGAAUUAAGGCCUUGGUACAGUCUGUGUGGGGUGGGGGGGGGUCAUGCUGUCGGUGAGGUGUCACCGCUGGGGGGCUGGGCACAGGUUAUGUGCUGUUGCUGGCCUGAACUUUUCAUUUCCUUGCUUUUUAGUAUGUGUAGAACAGGGGUGGCCAAACCAUGGCUUGUGAGCCACAGGCAUCUCGUUACAGUUAAAUUGUGGCUCCCGGAGCCCCCUCCCAGUCCCAUUCUCUGCUUGUCAGACUUGGGGGGGAGCUCAGGGCUUCUGCCCUGCGGUGGGGUGGUGGGGCUAGGAGGGGCUUUUGCUACAGGCGACUGGUGCCUGCUAAGAGUGGGGGCGGCACAAUUUAAAGGUUCCCUCUCCCAACAGCUUGAAUCAAGCCCUGCCCACCCCCAGCUGUCCCACCUCUUACCCUCAGUGCCCCCACCCUGCAGCUCCCAGGUGUUAGCUCUGCAUGGAGGGGCAACGCCAAACAGCUGGGAACUGCCGUGAGGAGCUCCCAGCUGUUUAUCGCUGCCUCUCCCCACAGCUGCAGCUCCCAGUGCAGGGAGUUGGGCCCAGCAGCACCAUGUGACUGAGCGGGGCCAGCAAACCCUGGGGAAAACUGGGGGGCACGUGCCUCCUCGUGCCUCAGCUCUGGCUUCCUGCCCAGUAUGGAGUGUGUGUCUGGGGGUGUGUCUCAGGGCUAUAAUCCUGCAGGGUGCACCUCCUGGGGCUCAGGGCUUCAGCAGGAGCAGGGCUGAAGCCUUGAAUCCAGGCAGGUGCCUUCCAUGGGGCUGAAGACAGAGACUCCCACCCCUGCAGGGCCCAGGGCCCAAGCCCUGGCAGAUGCCUCCCACAGGGCCAAAGCCCUGAGCCUUGUCAGGUGCCUCCUGUGGGGCUGAAGCCCUGAGACACCCCCCACCCCCACUCCUUGCAGGGGUGAGUCCCAGCAGGAUAGAGUGACCGGAUGUCCCAAUUUUAUAGGGACAGUCUUGAUUUGGGGGUCAUUUUCUUAUAUAGGUUCCUAUUACACACAGACACACACACCCGUCCCAAUUUUUCACACUUGCUGUCUGGUCACCCUACGGCAGGAGCACUCUGGCUCUAGAACUUCUCAAGAUUGUUGUAUGCGGCUUGGAAGGUCAGUAAGUUUGGCCACCCCUGAUAUAGAGCAACCAUGACAGACACACACCACAUUGGUUUUGUGGAUUAAUUGUUACUAGUGAUGCUCAUAUCCCCAGGACAAGUUUUAUUUACCAUCUCAUCCUGGUCCCGGAUCACCAGCAGCCGAGAGCUCCUCCUUGAACAGUCAUCGCGGCUCUUGUCCCAGGGAUUUCUUUCUUUAGACACCCAGUAGCACUUGUCCCUGUGCAGCAGCCAGUUUGGGGGGCAGAGCUUGCACCCUGAUCCCUCUGGAGGGGAAGUGGAAACGUUUAAUGGAGCUCAAGGUUCUGAACUGCAUCACACUCAUGCACAGGCCUUCAGGCUCAUCAUUUCCAGUAGAGCUAUGACUUGGCUUUGUUUGAGGACGGGUCCAACAUUCCACUCGCUGCAGGUGCUACAGGCCGUGAGGGAGGGGUAUUGGUGAAGCUGUGAGUACCUCGGCCCUGAAAUAGCACCGGCUAACGCAGGUCAGGCUCCACUGGAGUCCUUCACUUCCUCCCCUCAGCUACUGUAGUGUUCUUGUGCACUGCUAAACAGCCAUUACAUUUCCCCUUAGAGAUGGCUGCAUGCCAGUUGGGGUAGAUAAUACUACAUAUUAAAAGAGUUAAAAGAACUUUAUUGUGGUUGCAAAGUCAACAUUGGAAAUGCCACAUUCAUGGCUUGCCCUUGCAACUGUAAUUCAGCCUGUGUGUGAGGUCAUCCAGUACAUUGAAUGCUUCGGGAGCCAUCAUGGACAUGGAACCAAACAGGCCUGUGCACUGAAUGAGGCAGCAGUCCUGAGAUAAAAAUAGUAGAUAAUCAUGCAAUAAAGACCGUAUCAUCAGGCACCACACACAAAGGGGGCUGAAUUAAGGUUGUGCGGGUAAUCUGGCAUUUCCUAACUUUCCGUAGCUUGGCUUUGUAACCUUCCUGUUCUCUUAAUGCAGUAUUGUGUUUAAUUUCCUAGUUUUUAAAAAACAUAUAAAACAAUUCUGGAACUGGAACAACUCCACCAUCCUGAAUCAGCAGCAGCAUUUGGACCUUGGAUCUUCAGUAUCACACCACACUACUAUCGCUCCAUCAACAGGAACAACUCCGCUUGCUGGUUACAGGAAAAGUCUGUUAUCCUGGGGGAUGGGGGCAGGGAAAAGGCCUGGGUGGUCAAAGGGAGCCCAGCCAGCUCUCUGUCCCUCCCCAGGAGGAGCUUCUGCUCCAUGUGGUGUUCCUGGGAGCAAGGGGUUGAUAGACCACUGGGGCCAUGUGCUGGGUGAGGGGGAGCCUGGCCCAGCUCUCACCCCCUCCCCACCUCCAUCUCCACCUGCUGUGGUAGCUCCCAGUGCAGGGUGUGCGGCUGUGGCAGCUGAUCCCAGCACUUUGACUGUUAUUUUGUUGCACUGCAGUGUUUUCCUGAGGAUCCCAAGCAAGGUGGGAAAUGGCGGCUCUUCCAAUGUUUCCAUCUCAGCAAAACCUGGACGAAAUUUCAUGGGCCAAAGAAAACAUGUUUCUCCGGCCUGAGGGCUCCUCUCACCCCCCUAUUUCAAAGGUUGCUUCGAACAAUGGACGUGUGAGAGCUCCUCAAAGAUACCACAGGACCCUUUUACCAUGGAAGCGUUAGGGACCCUAAACAUAGGAGUCGCUACCAGCUGCCCUAGGCUAUAAGUAGUUAUUGAAGUGGCUUGUGUCCUGCACUGGGUUACCCUAGCUGACCACUAGAUGGCACCACAAUACAGGAAGGUGCUGAGAGAGAAGGAGCUGAGGUUACCUGCUGAGUUGCUGUGAGAUGAUUCACACACAAAUUGUUUCAACUGGAAAUGGAAAUCUUUUAGGCCAGUGCUGCAGUUGGAUUGAUGGAUGAUUCUCUCCCUGGUACUGUUGUUCUCCAGUGAAUUCAGACGUCCUUUGAGCUGAGAAACUUCAGAACAGCAUGAGCAUGAACUUCAACUACUACUUAGGGAUUAGCAAACUGAGAAUGAGUGUGUGUGUAGUAAACCGUUACAUACUGUAGCUAUCAAAUUCAGAACUGGGACACACACAGAGAGCAUGACAUUGAAAGAGAAAAUCUCAUUUAUUACACAUUUUAAGAUGUCUUCCACUUUUCCCUGUGCACACUGUACAGUGACGUUGUGAGAGCUGGAUCACCAGGGGCUCAUGUAUCAAGUUCUAACACUACCUUCUUCAUGUGAUAUUGUUCCCUUUGUGAUGAGGAUGAAGAGUCCAGGAUAUUAUUCACAAAAGCAUUGGAAUCAGAAGUGUGCGGGAAGGGGAAAUUUCAGGGUGCCGCAUUUUGCGCAACUUUAUUUUGAACUGCUUACCC